GGAGGCCGGAGGUCAGCGCGGCUGCUGGGAGGGAGGGGGGAGGAGCGGCACUGACGUACAGGUAACUGUGCCCCUACCGGGCGUGCCGCGCCCCGGACUCGUGCCCCCUCUCUAUUGCUUCACCGCGCGCACUUAAGCGAUAGGGGUGUGGCAAGCGCCUCUGCCCCUCCUGAGCCUUUGCCAGGCCUCCGCGUGAGUUCUUCGCGCCCUGCCCGGGCAAGGCCAGUCUCCGGACGUCUCCAGUACCCGGGGACUGUCGGGGCCUGGAGAACGUGGCCGGCUGAGGCUGUCCGCCCCUGAGCCCGGCACCUGGGAGCUCGAGGACGCAGGUGUCCAGUUUCCCUUGACCUUGAGGACCGGGAAGGUUAUAUGCACCAUGGCUAUGACUAGUGUCAGAUUGCUCUCCAGUGUUUUACGAAAGCCGGAUACCUGGAUUGGACUCUGGGGAGUGCUACGAGGGACACCUUCACGCAAACUCUGUGCUUCCUGGAAUCGAUACUUACAUUUUUCUAGUACCAAGUUAAAUGCAUCAAAUUAUAAAACUCUAUUCCAUAACAUUUUCUCACUGAGACUCCCAGGGCUUUUAAUAUCUCCAGAAUAUAUUUUUCCCUUUUCUGUAAGACUCAAAAGUAAUAUUAGCUCUAAAAAAUCCACUAAAAAGACUCCGCAGAAAGUCAAAGAUGAAGAGGACUCUGAUGAAGAGAGUGAUCACAAUGAGAUGAGUGAGCAGGAAGAGGAGCUCGAGGAUGACCCUAAUGUAGUCAAAGACUAUAAAGACCUGGAAAAAGUAGUGCAGUCUUUUCGGUAUGAUGUUAUCCUGAAGACUGGCCUAGAUGUUGGAAGAAACAAAGUGGAAGAUGCGUUCUAUAAAGGUGAACUCAGGCUGAAUGGGGAAAAAUUAUGGAAGAAAAGCAGAACGGUGAAAGAGGGAGAUACCUUGGAUCUUUUAAUUGGAGAAGAUAAAGAAGCAGAAACAGAGACGGUGAUGCGGAUUCUCCUGAAAAAAGUCUUUGAAGAGAAGACUGAAAGUGAAAAAUACAGAGUGGUGUUACGGAGGUGGAAAAAGUUAAAAUUGCCUAAAAAGAGUAUGCUUAAAUAAAUGGACUGCUUUUUAGUGAUAAAGCUACUUUCUAGUGGUAGGGGAAGGAGCUAGCUUAAAAAGCAGACAUUUUCGUUAAAAUAAAGUUCUCUUACCAUUUGUGGAAUCUGAGCCAUUUUGUGGAAAUCAAGAUCCAUAUCUUGGAGAUAGUACCAUUGGCCGGAAUUUCUCUCCUGGCCUUGAUUUGUGCUUAUUUUGACCUCAUGAGCAUGAGUGAGAUGUGUGCUGAAUGAACUAAGCCUAGAGAAGGUGUUAGUGACUGGCCUGCUGUUUCCACGUUAACUGCCUCAGGAGGUAGUGUAAAAUAAACUGGCCUUAUUAGUGUUUAUAUUUCACUUUUA